CUCGAAAACCUACCCAAAAACACACCUUUUUCCACCACUCUCUAAUAUUGUAUACAAAGUGGUGAUUAGCCAAACCAUGGAUACAGAGGAAUUCAGUUUCCCUAGAAUCAGUGAUACUUGUUCACACAACAUUGAUUCUCCUCCUCUGUGGAAUCUGUCACCAGCAGCUUCUCCGAAUCCCUACCAUGGAAACACAAGAAGAGAGAAUGAUUGCUUUGGAGCAGCAAAACUAGUGGCUGAGGUUCACAGGAAGAGCUUUUCUUGUGUGGAGAAUAGAAGGAAAAGAAAUGGAUUUGAAGAUGAGGAAGAGGAAGAAGAAGAAGAGGAGAAAAUGGACUUGUUGUGGGAGGAUUUCAAUGAGGAAUUGUACUCCACAACAACAACAACAGGCUCUGCUACCUCUUCUUCAAGGGAAGUUGUUGAAUUUAGAAGUGCUCAUGAAUUAACUCUUGCAAAAACCACUCAAAAUUCUCUUCUUCAUCCCACCAAGAAUAAACCAGCCAUGGUGGUCAUUGUGAAGAUCUUCAAGAAACUUUUCUCCAUUCAUAAUUCUCAUGGCAGAUCAAGAAAAGCAGUGAGAUAGAGCAAUUGGGGUUUCUGUUGGUAUCAUAUCAUUGACUUAGGAAUAUCUCAUGAACCUUCUUCUUUCUACUCAGUUCAUUACAGUCUGUCAUAUAACUGAUAAAUUUUCUUGUUUUUAUUCAGUUCAUUACAGUCUGUCUUAUCCUUCCAUGUUCAUGUACAUGUAAAUUGUGAAUAUUAAUUAUAGAGUUUUUUUUUUUCUUCAUUCAUUAUUACAAUCAUU